UUGGCUAACCUGUGCAGAUUAUUUACAUCAACAGUUUUUAUUCUCUUCGAAAAUUGUGAUUUGUUUUAUACAGGACUAUUGUGAGUGUUUUGAGGUGUAUUGUAUAAUAUAAAAUAAAUUUCAAGCAAAAACGGAGCUAUCGAAUCGAUAAUUCACGUAAAUUUUGAUUUUGCGAAGAAAUUGAACAAUUUGUGUAAAUAUGCUGCUCAGAACACAAAACUUUUAUCGUGUACAUAGGAACUAAUUUACAACACGUUCACACGUUGUAAAUAAUUGUACGUAAAUGUAGAUAUGAGGUAUUUGUAAUAAAAGAAAACGAUGAAUUCGAUGAAGAGUAACGGUGAAAGUGGUAAUGGACUGGAGGAUCUUGGUAUACCAGGACCAGUGUUUUUAAGAGAUGCUUUAACAAGUUGUACAGAUCCGUUGAAAGCCAUCGAGGAAUUUCAACUAGAAAAUGGCAUAUUAUUGCCAUCGUUGAGACCUAUGUUGCCUCUCCUUGAUUUACAUGGAGUCAGAAGAUUGGAUUUUCAUGCUUCUGUUCUUGAGGAGUUACGAGAAAAACUGGUCAAACAAAUUAAUGAAAUUGGCGCGGAAAGAACAGCCGACAAAAGUAGCGAUAGAAGACUGAAGGAAUUACUGUCUAAAAGUUUUCCUGCCGUGAGAGUUACUGGGUUACGACCUGUUGUUAUGUGUAUCUUGAGAAAUACUCCACACAUUGAAGAGAAAUAUUUGCGAGUGUUAGUUGGCGAGAAGGAAUUGUAUAAUGAUGCUGAUACAGAAGUAAAACGUCAAAUAUGGAAAGAUAAUCAAAGUCUCUUUGGAGACGAAGUCUCUCCAUUAUUUAGUCGUUAUAUCAUUGAAAAAGAACAGAUUUUAUUCGAUCAUCGUAACUUGAAUAGUUUAUUUUUUACACCAUCUCCCAAGGUGAGGAGACAAGGAGAAGUUGUACAAAAGUUAGCCCACAUGAUUGGACAUAGUGUAAAAUUAUAUGAUAUGGUACUGCAAUUUUUAAGGACUUUAUUUCUACGUACUAAGAACAUUCAUUAUUGUACUCUAAGAGCAGAACUUCUUAUGGCAUUACAUGAUUUAGAGGUACAAGAUAUUAUUUCUGUGGAUCCUUGUCAUAAGUUUACUUGGUGUCUGGAUGCUUGUAUAAGAGAAAAGAAUGUGGAUGUUAAAAGAUCUCGUGAGUUACAAGGUUUCCUGGAUAGUAUUAAGAGAGGACAGGAGCAGGUGUUAGGGGAUCUUAGUAUGACUUUGUGUGAUCCCUAUGCAGUGAACUUUCUUGCUAGCAGUGCAAUAAAAAUAGCUCUUCAUUUGAUAAAUAGCGACGCGUUACCUAGAGAAAAUGCAGUGCUUGUAUUACUAUUGAGAAUGCUUGCAUUAGGAUUGUCCGCUUGGCAGAUGAUUGAUUCACAAGAUUUUAAGGAGCCAAAAUUGGAUAUACAAGUUGUUACUAAGUUUCUGCCAGCACUUAUGUCUCUUAUGGUUGAUGAUCAAAUAAGACAAUUGAAUUGUAAGCUUCCACCUGAUGAGAGAGAAAGUGCAAUCGCUAUUAUCGAGCAUUCUGGACCACCUCCCGAUGCGUGCCAAGCAUAUGCUCAACUAUCUGGAGUAGCAGCAGUUUUAUCAAUGUACUAUGCAUUACAUGUCGGAGGUGGCGGUGGAGUUGGAAGAGGUAGAGGAGAUGCCAGAGGAUUAAUGAGAGUGCUAGCGACACUUCCAAAUUGCCAAGCGCAACGAGCUUUUGAAGAUCCAUUACAUACAUUGGUUUCAUUAUUAAUAUUAAACAUGGCUGAUGAAUUCUCAAAUGAGUCCUUCUGUACAGUAAUUUUCGACGAAUUUCUGGCUGGUUUAGGUAGAGAUAAUGUUACACGGCACCUGUUGAAGUUACUUUGGUAUAUACAUCCUAAAUUACCAUCUGCACGGUUACAUUCAUUAUUGAAAGCCUUACAGCCAACAAGUCAGCAUAACGAAGCAGUCCACAGUCUUUAUGAAUCUUUACGUGAUAAGGUUGGUAGUCAUUCUACAGAAGAUCAAUUAGCAUCGACAACUCAAAUGGACACAUUAAGUCUUGAUUGUUCUUCCCCUGCUCUUACUGGGAUACCAACACCAACAUAAAGUACAUCUCUUUAAGAAUAUGCCUAAUUCACGAAAAAAUAGAAACGAAAUUAAACUUCCUCAAUUUAUAAA